AGGAUGUGGUGGUGAGAAGUGAGGGGAGGGGAAGAGGGGUGGCUCUGUAGGCUUUUGUUGGGUGUGUGUGUGUAUACAUAUAGACAUACAUACAUAUAUGCAUGCAUGCAUGCAUGCAUAGAAACCUUGUGAAGGGUUUUCCCCGCUCCAGUUUCAAGUGCAAGUUUGAUAACGUUCCACCCAGAUGUAGAAAGGCUUCAGAAAGAAUUGUCCCUCCGAGCUAGGUCCUCUUUCUCCAGGGAAAUGCUUGAGGAAAUAGCUAGGACAAAAAUCGAAUCCAAAUGUCCUUGCCUUUAAAGCUGGGGGGGGGGGGGGGGGAAGGGUAGGGGGAGGUGGGAGGAGGACAGGGGAAAAAAAUUUUUUUAAAGAAGAGGGAACCUCAUCCCGUCCAGUCGUUGUAAAAAUCUAAUGGCAAGGUUAACAAGAGGGUAUUUUUAGUAAGCGCGUCAAAAUAUACAGGGUAAGAGUGAAUGUGGGAAAAAAAAAAAAGUUGUGGGUUGUAGAAGUUAUCAAGUGGGAUUUGCGGCGCUCUCUGCAGGAAACGAGAGCGGCUCCAGUUCAAAGCCACAUGCACCAACGUGACAUAUAAGCCAUUAAAAUAUCAUCCUGACGGCUCAUUUCUGCUCCAUCAUACAUUCCCUAACUGCUUCCAGAAAGCCCGAAAAGAAGAAAUGAAGGAUGACCGCCUCGCUGGAACCACAAAAGACGUGGUUAGCGGGGUUCUUUUUCCCCCUCUUCCACCCCGAAGUGAUGUGCAGAAAUGAGGGAUUCUCUUCAACAGGUGGAGUGGGGUAAGUGCGUGCGACAGGGAGGUAGGAUGAAGAUGGGGACUAGCACCCGAUUACCCACCUCCCCAGGUAAAACCAACUUGGCACCCUUGGAGUAGGGUUUCGGCGCACCCUUCCGGCUGGGGAAAGGUACCAGGGCAUCUCCCCUCCCCCCACCUUUUUACUUAACUAGGGGUAAGGAGUCUAACACCCGUAGAGAUAAGGCAAGAUGGUACCUCUUGAAAAGGACAACUUCCUGGUUUAAUUCUCCCUCUCCUCCCCAGGGGGCGGGGGGUAUAGGGAUGGGAGGGAGAAUUUGGUUCUCACAAUAACUAGGACAUUUUUCCCCCCACACCUUCCCGGUAAAUUGACUUGGGGACCUAGGUUGAGGAAAGGGUGAGGGAGCUGACUGGGAUGGGGCUGAGAGUAUUGAGAGCUAUUGAGAUGGGAGUAGGAGGGGUAGUGGGAAGAAUUAGCCUUCCAUUCGAAAGACCUAGGCUGGAGAGAGCGAUGAAGGAUUCUCUCCCUUGUCCCCAUCCCUGAUUGGAACUGGGAGGAGGUGAGGGGUUGACGGCGAUGGAAAAGAGACUGGAAUUAUCUAGUCCCAGGUCAAAGGCAAUAAGCUUCACCAGCCAAGCUCAGAUCUGGGAGCUGAGGAUUCUCUGCUCCUACCCAGACCAAGGAAGCGGAGGUUCCCCAGCCUGCUAGCUUCUCUCCCGGAGACUCUGGCUUCUGGGUCAAGCACAGUUUAUACUAAGGCUGGAGCAGGCUGUUGGACUCUUUCGCCAUUCUCUUUCGAGGUCCAGGCAAUAGGCUCUUCCCUUUCCCCCGGGAAGUCCUCGGCUGCGGCAGCGCACUUCCUCUGCCCUAGGGGUACUGGUGGGUUAACUGAGUAGGCGAGGGUAAGGAGACUAGUGAGGCCACUGAGAAAGCGAAGUACUGGUUUUGUCAGGGAGUCUCCAAGUUACCGGAAGCUGAAAGGAAAGAUUUUGGAAAGAAUAGGGAUUCCUGUCCCAGCAUCUAAGGGCUCCUCUGGACCCAAUUGAGUUAAGAUCUGGGGUGAACAGAAGAGAAGGUUCGGGGUUCUGUGUGUGUGCGUGUGUGGUGUGUAUGUGUUCAGAGGUCAGAAUAGAGUGAAACUCAGUCUUUAACAAACAAACGCCUUUUGCAGUGUGCAGAGCUGAGCUGCAUUAGUCCGAGGUCGGCGGCAAACUCGUCCCUUAGGAGCCCCGGGUUUCCUUCCAGAAUUGGGUCAUUUCUCUCAACCCCUCGGCUCUCCAAGUGGUUACUAGAGAAUCUCUAGACCCCAAGACUUUCUUCCAGCCACAGUCCUUGUUUUCUUGUAGGCUAAAUGAUGGUUAAAUCUAGACCUUGGGUGAGGAAAAACAACAAAAACUUGCGUUGUCCUAAGGCAGCUAGCGCACCUCUGCUGGCUCGAGGCUGGCGCUUGCCUUCUGAGUUCGGGGUCAGCCAGCAGUCUCCUGGACAGAGCCCACUGGAGGAAGAAAUAGGGUGGGGGAGGGGGUAAAUAUUCAGCCCCAGUGACGGGUGCAUAUGAAAGAGAAAUUUACACUGAAAAAAUAGGGACCCCCCCAAGACCCACAUCCCCCAAACCCACACUUCUUGAAAGAAAAAGGGCGAAAAACCAAUUGUGGCCAGAAAUGUCUUCUUCCCUAAUGCCUGUUUUCCUUCUCAUUGUUCCUGGAAAUGUCUCUCGGUUGGGAGAUGGAAGGAAAGGGAAGGGAGACUAGGAAAGGGAAAAGGUGUAGAGUCUGAAGACCUGUAACCCAUUCUGUCCCAAGAAAGGUGAUCUUUGGAGUCUUAGAUUUGGGGCAGGCAGCCUGGCUGCCAGGACUGGACUCCGGGAGAGAGGCACUCAUUUUCUUGAGUGACUGCUGCAAACGUAGUUAAUCAAUUUGGUGAAGUGUUGAAGACUAAAGCCUUUGAAGUGACGGAUUUUGGAAGUAGCCUAGAGUUUGACCUCUGACCUAGGACCAACCACGGCUGUUGAGGAGAGAGCAUACUGCACCUUUCGGUUGUGGUUGGUAAUGUGUAUAAGUGUGUUUGUGUCUCUUGCAUGGCAAACUUCAGAAACGGCCCCAAAGGAAAGGGUUUCCUUGCUCUCAGCCCCACUUCACUCCACUCCCUCCGCAUCUGAUCAUUCCGGCUGGAUCACUGGCUUCAUCUUCUUUUACUAAGGGAUGAAGAAAAAAAAAACUCCUAGUACAAAUCAAGUUCUCUCUUCUGGUCACUCAAAGUUGUGCAGGUGGCUUAAGGAUGAGGAUUGGAUUUAAGGUUGAGUUCUCCUGCUCCAUCUAGAGCAGAAGCAGCAUCUUCAUCAAACAGGCAUCUGACACUGUAUGGUAACCUUGGACAGACCCCUGAGACCCACUCUAUAGCCCAGCACUUGGGUAUGAAGGCAUGGGAAGGUAUGGGACCUGGGAAAGGCUAGGAAGGGAAGGCCUCAGGGGAAUUAGCGACAAGUUUCUAUGCUUCUGAGAGCCUAGAUUGGCCCAUUGAUUUGAAGCAGAAAAAUCUGUUUCCCAAAGAAAGGUAAAAGUUUUCCCCAAAUAUCGUGUCCAUUGACAGUGGCAUGUGUCCUAAUGCAGAUGCUGCUGGGAGAGAGGUCACUCCUAGAGAAUGAAGUUUCAAAUAAUAUUUGCUUGAAUUGUUACUGUGGGUUUAUAAUGAGAAAAGGUGGUCUUUCUAGUCACCUUGGUCUGUUUUGGAAGUCACCUUGGCCUCCUUUGACCUAUAUGGUAUUUAGCAUAUUGCCAUCAGUACCUCAUCUACUAUAAAAUGCAUUUUAUUUAACCACUUUGGAUGUAAAGGUCUUAUCAUGACCUUUUGAACAAAUUAUUACUUCUCUGAGAACCUGUUUAGUGUUAAUAUUACUGUUAUUGUUGUGUGUAUUGUUAAAAAAUAAUGAAUAACUUUGAAAAGGACAAAUUUCUUUUAGGAAAAAAAAACCACACACACACACCCCCAAUACUUCUAAGAAGGUGAAUCUGGCCUUUCCUACAUCUCUCUGAUAUUGUUCAAUGAUAAAGGGAAAAUGGAAGGCCCCAGAAGAAUUGGACAUGGCCAAGGUGACUUCAGUGGAAGGAGGCUGGGGACUCCCAGAUAACAGGAAUUUGGAAAGUCUUUGAGCCUGGAUCUCCUCUCUUGGGUUUUGGCCUUAGGUUCAACAAGUUAAACAAGGGUUUGUUCUGGCAGUUAGAGUGUCUGGGCAGGCAAACUUCCUCCAUUUAAAGGAUUGUAGUGUUUAUCUAGAGGGAGCCCAGGGUGAUUCAUUCUGUUUGCCUUGGGGAAGAGAUAUGCAAUUCUGGCUUUUACCUCCUCCUCUGGAAGAGGAAGAGUUGGACUUGGUUUACCAGACUGGCUUAAUCCCUACUUUUCGGAACUCCAGGCCAAAAUAUAGGUGUUAAGGAAGUGUGGGGCUGCUCAUCCAGACAGGUAGAACUAACAAAUCUAUAUUACAUUUUAUUUUGCUUAUGAUUCUGACUCGAUUUUAGAAAGUCACUACUGCCAGAACCAAAUAAUUCCUGAUUCUAACCAGAAGAUUUGAUUGGUGCAAACUUGUAAUUUUAAGUUGUGGGGUGGAGGUGGACCCUUGUUCCAAGUGGCAAUAGCAUGUCUAAGUGUAUACACAUGUGUAAACACGUACACACAAAUGCACAGACAGAUAAUAUAUUAGAACACUCUAAGAUAAACAAAUUUCUUCUUAGCUUGACUUUGUCCCGACUCUCCUUUCUCAGCCUUAAGUACCUAGAGGGCUGUGUGUUGGCUGUAUGGGUCAAAUUUUAUGAAAAUCAUAUAAUUAAUAUAAUUUUUUAAAUGGGACCUUGAAAGCAUAAAUUCGAAUUCUAGACGUUUCAGCUGGCUAAACUACAAAACACUGAGUGUAAAAACAAGGCAAUGCAGAAUCAUGGUACAAAUUUCUGAGCAGUUUGACUAAUAACUUGCCUUUCCUGUUACUAUUACCACCACCCCCAGAGCAUCCCACCACCCCUGCCGAAAUCACGCACAGAAACUUCAUUACGCUAUAAAAGUGGGCAGUUCGGUUCAGUCUCCAUCUUGGCCUUCAUGCUUGGAAAUGGCCAAAGAAGGAAGCAGACGCCGGCCACCCUAAGUAUCAUCCUUCACUCCCACAUGUCUAGGCUUCAGGAGUCUUCCAGACAAAGGCUCGGGGAAGACUUUCCCAGCAUACUCACUCUAUUUUACUGGUUACUUCCUCCCCUCCCCCCAUCCCUUUCUCCCCAAACAGGGUCAAAGUCAGAAAAUGAGAUACAAGACUUCCUUGGUAAUGAGGAAAAGAUUACGACUUUACAGAACCGCCCUCAAAGAAUCAAGUAGCUAUUCUGGACACCAUGGCCACCACCACCCCGAAGCUGGGCAUCAUUCUCUUUUCUCUGGAUUCCAUGAACCGCCUCCCCAGGCCUCCCCAGGUAGCCAUCUGAACGGACAGAUAAGACUGGGGAUACCUGGAGACAUGUACGCCAGGUCCGAGCAUUUCACUCAAGUGCCCGGCUCCAGGACAGACCCUUUCGCUGCAACUUCUCUGCAUAACUACGGGGGCAUGAACCUGAACGUGAACCUAGCUCCCCACCACGGCCCCGGAGCCUUCUUUCGCUACAUGCGGCAGCCCAUCAAACAGGAGCUCAUCUGUAAGUGGAUCGAGGUGGACCAAGCGCCCAAAAGACUUUGCAACAAAACUUUCAGCACCAUGCACGAGUUGGUAACUCAUGUCACGGUGGAGCACGUUGGCGGCCCCGAGCAGUCCAAUCACAUCUGCUACUGGGAAGAGUGUCCGAGAGAGGGGAAACCUUUCAAAGCCAAAUACAAACUUGUAAAUCACAUCCGAGUCCACACGGGGGAAAAGCCCUUCCCCUGUCCUUUCCCUGGGUGUGGGAAAGUGUUUGCUAGAUCAGAAAAUCUCAAAAUACACAAAAGAACUCACACAGGAGAAAAACCAUUCAAAUGUGAAUUUGAAGGCUGUGACAGACGAUUCGCGAACAGCAGCGACAGGAAGAAACACUCUCACGUGCACACCAGCGACAAGCCGUACAACUGCAAAGUGAGAGGCUGUGAUAAAUCCUACACGCACCCCAGCUCCUUGAGGAAACACAUGAAGGUGCAUUGCAAGUCUCCUCCUCCGAGCUCGGGUUACGACUCCUCCACCCCUUCCCUGGUGUCUCCCUCCUCGGACUCCGGCCGGGAACCCCCUGGCUCGGCUGCAGCCCCCGCGGAGCCGGGCGCCUCAUCGCGGGCGGCGAACCUGAGCGAAUGGUACGUGUGUCAGAGCUCCGGGCCCAACGCGCUCCCAGCUCCUCCCAGUCCGGCUCCGUCACCUGACUCGGGAGAGGCGGCGGCGGCGGCUGCGGCGGCGGCAGAGGCGGCGGCAGAGGCGGCGGAGGCGGCGGCCACGGCGGCGGGGGCAGCGGCGGCGGCGGAGGCGGCCACGGCGGCGGCGGCGACGGCGGCGGGGGCAGCGACGGCUGCUGCUCACACAAACUGCGAUGCUAGGCCCUGUUAUUAAAAAGGGAGAGGGAGAGGGAGAGAGGAGAGAGGGAAAGAGAGGGAGGGAGGGAGGGAGGGAGGGAAGGAAGGAAGGAAGGAAGGAAGGAAGGAAGGAAGGAAGGAAGGAAGGAAGGAAGGAAGGAAGGAAGGAAGGAAGGAAGGAAGGAAGGAAGGAAGGAAGGAAGGAAGGAAGGAAGGAAGGAAGGAAGGAAGGAAGGAAGAAAAAGCCCACUAGUAAUCAGCUUCAGGACUGUAGAUCCCCAAUACAAUUAAGUCAUCCUCAUCGAUCUUGAAAUACAGAGAGGUCUUCGAAGAUCUAUCUCUGGUUAUUUUUAUCUGAUCACAGGAAGCUUUCCCACUCACUCACCAUACACAAGAAUACAUCUCUGUACCCCAGGCUGCUGCAGCCUUUGGGGGGGAGGGGCUCAUUGAAAGGGGACCCUAGAUUCUGGGAGCCAUUCCUAAGGGGACUUAGGGAAAAAAAAGAGGGAAACAAGAAUAAUAACGACGAUGAUGAUAAUGAUGAAAGGGUUGAUGGGGAAACCCUGGUACUAGGAAGAAGCCGGAAGCCUGGUAAAAUAAAUGGCCUAGGCUCCGUUAUCAGGCUGGGAACUUUAUGUUUUCCUAGGGGGAGGGAGGUCAUUGGGCCCUCUGGCGAUUCCUAAGGGGUUGGCCUUCUUUCUUUCCCCCUCCCCCAAGCCCGCCCCUCCAUUGCCCGGCGCUGGCCAGCCCUCCCCUCCCCUUUCUCUUCACCCCCAUCCUAGCUCCCUUUCCCACUAGUUGGGCUGAUCCUCCCCGGUGCCAAACUGUCUCAUCGAUUUCUGAUUUCUUAGCCCAUGAUUGUAUCAAGGAACCAAAGUGUUUUUUUUUCCCGUUCAUUUUUUUUUUACUUGUUUUUUAGUGUCCUGGAUUUCUAGAUAAAUGGUUGCCCGCAAAUGGCAAUUUGCUCACUCCCACCAUUUUUGCCUGGUUUCUUUUCCAGCUUCACCCUCCAAACAAAAUCUCGCUCUUCUUGUUAAACCCCAAUCCUUCAAGAACUGAAGGUGACCUUUAGAAAAAAAUGAAUGCAUCCCCCUCCAAAAAACCCACUAAGGGGCUAUAUGUGAUAAAUGUACACAACUACACGAAAUGAGUGUAUAAACAUAUGUUUGGGUGUGUACUUGUGUAUACAUUAUAUAAGUGCAUACACAUCUUUACAUACAGAUAAAUAGUAGGCCAUGAAUAAAACUAUUUAAUGAGAGGAGGGAGUUCCAAGUGGCCUAAUGAUUAGUUUGUCCUUUCCAUUUAAGUUCCCCUGUCUUUAAGAUGCUGAAUCCCAUCUUUCCCUGCCUCCACCUCCAGCCUCCCUUGAAGCCAUUGUCAUUCAUUCCUGUUGAAUCUUGUGGGUGCUUGUGAUUUCUCGGGGGUUGUGGGAAGGCUGUUCGUGGUGACGUCAUUGUGCUCAGGCCACUUAGGCAAAAUUACUUGUGUGAGGUGUCAGUUUCUCUGGAUGAAUCGUGUAAACUACGUGAUGGUCUUUGUCUCAAGCGCACAACCUUUGUCUUGUUUUUUUUUUUAAGAAAACAAAAAACAAAAGAAAGAAAAAGAAAGAAACACCAAUAAUAAAUUUUGUAACGGCAAAAAGAAACCCAUGGUGGUGCUAGAAUGUGUAUUAUAUACAUAUAUAAUAUAUUGCGGUGAACACGACACCAGGGAAAGGACUUCCCGUUGGAGAGCCACUGUUCCUGUACCUCGUUUUUUUCUCUUGACCUUUGAGUUCUAGGAGAUGGUUAGGGGUGGGUUGAGGGGUUGGAGUUAAAGAAAUCACUUGCAACAGUUGCAAAGACAAUAAGGCAUCAUUUUCUUCUACAUCUUCUGCUCUAGGAAGAGGUCGCUUUCCCAAAAACAGCUGUCCGUUCAUUGCUAAAUGCAAGGUCAAUUGGUUGUUUUCCAGCUCCUCCCUCAUUCCCAUAGAAUUUAAAGAACCAGGUGAUUCAACCCGAGUUGGCUUAGGCAGGGAGAUGUUGAAGGGGAUGAGAGGGGCUACUAACCAAAGGAACAAGGAAAAAAAAUCACCACACGAGGGACACACUAGACAGUUCUGAAACCUUUCCACUGAGGCAGCACUCCUUGGAUUCAGUUUGUUUUUUUUUUCUGCAAAGCUUCUUUCAGAUAUCAGACAAUUUUCACUUCCUAACACUCAGUCCAACAACUUCAACUAAAUAAAUAACUUAUGAAGUGGUGUGGGAUUGUUUUAAUUACACAUAAUGAAAACCUGAUGCAUCCAAAUAUAUCCUUGGUGAAUUAUUUAGUUAGUGAAAGGAAGAGGAAAGAGAGAGAGGAGGGGGUAAAAACACGUAACAAAACAAUGCUGAUAGUCACCAACCGCAUCAGUCAUGAGCAAAGUUUGUUGCAAAGUAUUGUUUCUCUUUACAAAACUUAACUCCUGGAAGAGGAAGGUAUUGAGAGUAGAAGAAAGGAGAAGGUCAUCUGAGAAAGAUUUUUCAUUCCAGAAGAGGGUUCUCUUUAAAGAAAAAAAAAGUCAUUAAAAAAAAUCUUGAGAUCUUUGCUUUCUCUUCGUCCCCUUGCCCAUGAAGAAAAAUAAAAUGAAAUAAAAAUGUUUGACGGUGUAAGCUAAUCACCUUUAAUUUUUCAUUUGCUUGUUACAGAUGUCCUCGGCGUUGCUCUCAAGGUAAUCUAGACAGACGCAGCUGAAAGCUUGAAUCUUAUGCCUUAGACAUCAAAGGCAGAUUGCACAAAGAAGUAUUUCUCCGCAACGGUGAAUCUUCAUGGUAAGUUAGGAUUUCUAUGGCAAUAGGCAAGUCAUACUUAAAUACUGAAAGGCGAAGUCUGGAGCCCGUCCAGUCUUUUCAUUAAGGACAUAAUAUUUACGUCUAACAGGCCUUUUUUCUUGUGUAUACAAGUAUAUAUUUUUGUUUGACGCGAACUAAAUCAUUUUCAUUUAAUUUCCGGUAAACAAAAACCACGCGAAUGGGCACUUGUUCCAGAUCAUAAUAAAAAUGGAUAAUAAUGUCAGGAAGAAAAGGGCCGCCUGAAUUGACGCGUCAGUUCCCCUUUGUCUCUGCAUUCUGCCGUGAUCAGAGAAUGCAUUUGGAUUUGAUGGCGAGUUUCUAAAGGCAAGGAAAUGGUUUUUAAGGGGGAAAGAAAAGGAGAAAGGUCUAAUCAAGCUCGGGUUGUUCAAAGAGUCUGAUUUUGGGGUUGAAAGUGUGAGUUUUAUGGUGCAUCUACAUGGCACGUUAGGAUCGCUAUGGUAAUGAGGAGAGCAAAAGCAAGCGGCCCUCAAUGGAGGCACACUCCAUUUGAGACAGUCUAUUAAGAUACAUUUGCACUGACCUUUGGUUUCAUGCUAGUUUAAUACAGUCAAUCUGCUCUCCAUCAUAUACUUCCUGCACAUAAUACACUUUCUCAAAUUUGGGUGUUUGUAUUUACUCAAGACCCUGACUCUUGUGCCUGGGAUUUUAGUCAAUGUUCUCCCCCAACCCAAUCAUUCCUGUUCUUAUUAUUACUGUAUUGUCGAAGUUGUGCCCAGUGUUGUUUGUCAGAAAAGGAAGAGCUGGUCUCUAAGAACCUUUACUGCCCCCCAAAGACGAUCCAGGGUCAGUGGUGAAUGACUCCUGGCAACAUCAGAAGCUUUAAAACUAAAAUUGGAAAAAAGAAAGAAAAGAACGAAGGAAGGAAGGAAGAGAGAAAAACAUUUCAUCCAUCAGAGCACUUCACUUUCCUGUCCUUAAGUUAGCUGAGACAUUGAGAUGGGUUGUAGGACUCAGCCACAACCUCAGAAAGGAAGGAGGACUGACUGCUGGCCAUUCUCAACAUUUCCAAGCUCCUUUAUACAUUUAACUCUCUACGACCUUCAUUUGUCUCAAGAAUGAUGUUUACUUCAGUCUAAACUUGUAGUGGCCCAAGUCCCCCUGAUCUGGGUAUCUUGCUAAGGAAGGACAAAUGGGGAAGAACUUAAGUGUGGGGAAAACUGGGAUGGGCAGGCACUCCUGAGAAGGAAGGCCAAAGGCAAUUGAGAAGAUCCCAGGAAAGUUAGAAGUCCAUGUUCCAGUAAUUGUCUUGUUGUUUAUUUUAUCCAAGUACCCCAGUGAAUAGGGGAAAAAUAAACACGGUGAAAAAAAAUUCAAACAGUUGAGUCUUCUUUAGUGCCAGCCCUUGUGGUUGAAUAAAAAGGAUGGUCCGCUUUCUAUUGAGCUGAGAAAUCUUUGAAGUGGGAGUUAUUAUCUGAGACAUUCCUGCUUGUCGUCCUAACAACGCUGAUGAAACGUAAAACGGGCUUUGUUGGCGAUUUGUUCUCCUCUCUGUCAAACUCCCCCUGCCCGCUAGCUUUAAACCGUUUCUAAAGAGAUAAAAUCAAACUUCUUUUUAAAAAGAUAAGUUUAGGGCUCUCAACUCUACACAGCAAAGAGCAAUCCACAUAAAUACAAGCCCACAGGCUUGCUUGUCAGUACAGACCCCUGCACACAUUUUGGUACACACUUGAGAAAAUGGUGGUGUUGGUGUGUGUGUGUGUGUGUGUGAGAGAGAGAGAGAGAGAGAGAGAGAGAGAGAGAGAGAGAGAGAGAGAGAGAGAGAGAGAGAGAGAGAGAGAGAGAAUGAGACAUGACAAAAUCAAACACACUCUGGAGAUUGGGGAACUGAUGUUUCUUUUCUUAGAUACAUUGACUCUUAGAUACUGACAUCAGUUGACUACCUGAAUGGAAUGGGGGUGAGGGAACAAGUUCUUUUAGAAAUUUCCUUGUCCUAAUAACCCACUGAAAUCACAUCCCUCAAAACACUUCUCUCAACCCUCAAAGUUAAAAGGCAACCCAAAGCUAAAAAUACUCAUCCCGUCUCCUGAUUCCUAUCAUAUAGUGGGCAGAACCCCUUCUAGGAAAAAUGAAAUAAAAUAAAGGUGUGUGAGAGAGAGUGGGGCCGAGGAGAGCUUGGCCUGCUCCAGUGAAAUAUUUAUAAUUCAAUGUUUACACUGAGUUAUAUGAGAUAUAAGUAAGGAAACAAUGUAGCCCUGCUAAUAGGCAUGCAAAGGAAAAGUCCUUUAUGAACCUUUGAAUGAAUCUUCUCAUUGUGUGCAUAGCCAGAUCUUGCAAUUUUUCCUCUGUCCUGGUUCUCUGAAUCCUCAUGUUGUGCUUUUAAAGGUGGCUUAAAAUACACACACACACAUACACACACACACACACACACACACACACACACACACACACUCCCCAAACCAUUCAGGAUAUUUAGGAGAUCCUUCUCCCCUCCCCUGUGUGUGAUGACUAAAUGAUUUGUAAAGAAGUUUCCUAAAGCUGUAACCCAUGCUGUUAUUAUAGUUGCUGCAAAAUGUUGUCUUUUCUAUUGAUUUUUAUUUGUUUACUGGAGGUCCCCAUAUGUUUGUUUAUAUCGCUAAUUUAUGGGAAAAUGUAAUGAUCGCAAUGAAUGUGAAUUAUACAGACAGGAAAACGUUUUGUAACCGUAACUCACCAAGAAUGCCCUACUGAGCCCUCUGAAUAUUUCUCAGCCUCCCCUUCCAGAUUGUGAUUUAUAUCUUGCCUUUAGCACGAGUUAAAUUAUGAAGUAACUUUUUUUUACUUUUUUUUUACUUGUUCUGUUGUUUGAAAACGACUACACUACUAUGGAAAGAAAAUGUUCCAAGUAGUUGGAUGAAUCUUGCUGUAAAUAUGUACAACUUGGGUCCUGUGACUUUCCCCCUAAGAUAUAUCCUUCAUGUGUAGAUGAUGUUCCAUUUUGUUCUUUCCAUUAUUCUAAAAUAAAGACAUAGGCAUCUUCCUACCCUA